AAUGCUGUCGCAAAAAAAGAAAAGACAAGAGUAAAAGAAGAAAGCGUCUUGUUGCUACGGAAUGUUUACAUUUGCGGAGCCGGAAGAUGAGUGCUUUGUAUCAGCUGAUGAAUGCGAUGAUGAAGUUUCUAUGAAACAAUUUUAUCUUCUGCUUGUGUUUAGCGGUGCGCGCGACUGAAUUGUAAACUCAGAGAUUGGAUGAUUGUUACCGAAAUGAUCUUUGGGAGCAGUAACUGACUUCUCCACUUGCACUGCUCGAUAGACAGGCGUGUCCUUUUGACUUUGUACCACAUAUUUUCUAACGCAGCUGCCCAUUUUGUGUAGAAUUUCAUGUCCAUACAGCCUAAGAUGCUCCGACUGUCAUUCGCCCGCUCUACAGGAAGUGACAGGAGUGGACGCCUGAAAUAGUCCCUCCCACUUUCAAACGUUCCGUUUACCGUCUCCAUGGUUACAUUGUUAAAUGCAUCAGGUCAUUGAUACCGCUGUCUGCGAGAUAAUUCAAUUUCAAUUUCAUUGAAAAUAAGCAAAAUGAGCAUAUCUGUCACUCGUACUAUUCCUAAGAAAAACGGUGCUGAUAAAGCUGUUAGGCGGGAACGGGUUUAUGACUACUUGUAUGAUCCAGUUUACACUGUGUCAUCGGAGGUAGACCAUGCCAGGUCCAGCCUCAAGGCCUAUGUGUCCAAGGACCGAGUAAGGAGAGUGCCAGUGUUUGGGUCCAUGUUCAGUACCCUGUACCACUACCCACAGUAUACUCUUCAACUGGACCCUGCAGACCCAGUACCAGCCUUUAUUGAUCAUCGCUGGCGAGGACAAACGGAACAGCGCAAAGAAGCGCUACAGCAACUGGCUGGGGUUAUUCCAAAUGCUCAGUCAUGGUCGAAAAGGGACAAGUGCCAUGUGACCGGAGCUGAUCGUUGGAAAUACUUUAAACGUCCUCUCAUUCCCUUUGCACAGCAGGUUCCCCCGGUUGUGAUUUUUGCCUUGCCAAAAGAAGAUUUUACAUCCAGUGGUGGAAACAAUGCUGAGCAACAGCCAACCCACGUCACUGUGGGGGUCCAGACAGACUACAGGGAAAGUGAAACACAGACAGACCCUUACAGCCCUGAGUAUGUGGUACAACCUGGGACAACUCCCUCAGAGCUCCUGCAACUGGCAGCUUUGACUUGGGGUCGUGGCCUGCCAGCAGGCCUGGCAGAAGUGGAAAUGAUACAGCGGGAACGUGCCAAACGAGCUUGGGAGGCCACCCUUCCUCCACUGGAUGACCUUAGUCAGCUGGACAAGAGGAGACGAAUGAUGGAAGAGAUGGAGGCCAAAGAGUGGGCUUUCAGAGAGGGAGAAAUCCAAAAGUUGCAAGAGGCUCGUCUUGCUGUGCUGAAGGACCUCUUGAGGCGGAGAGAUGAAGCCCAGAAAGAAGUCACGAGUGAGAGACUGAACCAGAUAUAUUCCAAGCACCAAAACGACAAGGACACCAAGCUACACAAGAUUCACAGUGACUACAUCAGGUCGCUGAGAAAACUGGAAGCUAAGAGGAGAAAUUUGGAUGGGAUGCUAGAGCGACCUACCGUUGUCAGAGACUAUACAGGUUCUAAGACAUGUCCCCCUGGGACCCGCAGGAGCACAUUCACCAACAGGAACACCCAUAACAAUGAGUUAAAAAGCCACUACUUAGACACAUAUGAAGGCUUGAUAAAGCUAGAGGCAGGAAUCUCUGCCUCAGUCCUCAAGCCACAAGUGGAAGGGCCCAAAGUCAGCAUUAUCAAGGAUGUGAUCAAACCCCCUGUGAGCAGUGCGGUAAAACUGAUGGAGAAAUACAAGGCCCUGAGGAAGGAGGAGAAUGAGCAAGUGACAGAGAAGCCUUUGCGUUUUCUUGUCAAGAAGGAGAAGGCUGUUCCUCGUCCUGUCACUCCCAGAGUGGAGGAGCCACCAGAGGGGGAUGAGGAGACAGAGCUUGCAGUCAUCUACUUGCAGAAACUACUGCGAGGAAGAAGUGUCCAAUAUGAGAUGUUUAAGGGCAAGGAGAAUCGUCUGGAGCUCAUCCAGGAACUGAGGACUGUACACGCCCUGCAGAGGGAGGAGCAGGAGCUACAGAACGCUGAGAAAGAGCUUAUAAUGUCCCUGAAAAAACAGAGAGACAACCAUAGACACGAGACCUCUCAAGAGGAAGCGUCUCAGGCCAAAGUGGUAGGCGUAGAACUUGAACAGCUGUUUGAUACCUUGUCCAAAGAGCUGAUUCAUCUUCAGGAAGAGCGCAGGAUCCAUGCCUUUACACUACUGGCGGAGAGAGACCGUCGCCUACGAGAGGCUGAGGAGAGUGGAAGGAGACAGGUGGAGGAGCGCAGACGCAGAGAGGAAGAUGAGAUCUUCAGAAAAGUAGUGCAGGUUCACCAGGAAACUGUAGAUUUGUAUUUGGAGGACAUUAUCCUUGGGACCUGGGAGCAAACAGCUGACCAGCAGGCCAGAGAGGAGGUCCGCAGGAGGGCAAAGGAGGUCAACGACAUUGCUUAUGCCAUGGAGGAAAGCCGGAACAAUCUUCAGUCGGAGGAGAUUGUGUCAGAGUUGGUGUACAGUUUCCUCAUACCAGAGGUCGAGAAGAUCAGGGUCAGACAAAGAGUGCACCAGAGGCAGCAGAGACACUUGCAGGCAGCUCAGAGUAUAAUUCAGGGGACUGCAGAGCAUUCUGGGGUCCUUCCUAGUACCCUAAAGCCUCCAACUGAGACUCAAGGAGAUGAGUCAAGUGGAGCAGGAACAGAAGGAAGCAGAGCAGCCCCCCAUUCAAAUUGAGCAGAGGACUAAAACUAUGAAAAAUGUACUGAGAUGCAGUAUAAGUUUCAUAAUCAUCAUUGUGGGGUUAUGGGUUCAUUAAAGAGUACAUACCAGCUGGGCUGCUAAGUGGGGGUAUGGAGGAUUCAGUUUUAGGGUUAUUCAUUGUGAGAGAGAAGUCUCUCUUAUUUUAAGUGGUGCAGUUCACAUUUUUUAAAACGUUAAACCCAGUAUCACUUUUGUCAAGUGUAAUGAUGUUUUGCAGGUCUAAAACAAUUGAACUCCAUUGAAUUGUGAAGAAUAUUUAACUUCAUAAAACCUCUGUAUGUUUUCAUGAGAGUUCAAGCAUGAGGAAAUGUGUCCCAGGUAUUUUUUUGACUUUGGAAGCGAGUUUCUCUUUAAUUAACUUCAAUACUGUACAGUGGAAUGACUUCAGAUUUGACAUGGUCAUAGAGUCAUUCUGAACAAGAUUCAUUGGGAUUUUCUGCAGACUUCUUAAGAAAAAGUCUUGGAAGUCAGAUAUUUAGGGAUGUUAUAUGCAUUAUGCCACAUUUUGACAAAAACCUACAGUGAAAUUAGUGCAAAUUUCAGAUGGUCACAGUCAGAGUCUUUCUGAACAAGAUUUCACUGAAAAUUUCAGCAAACCUCGCAAACAGUGUUUACAUGUUUGUGUGAAUUACAAUGUGAAGGCUAUGUACAGUAGAGAUUCCCUCAUAUUUGUGUGUUUUUAGUUAAUAUUUGAAUUUACAUUUGAAGAAGACGUACUUGAUGUGUAAAAUAUCGUUUCAUCAUGUGUUUGAAAUGUGAGAGCUCAUUGCAGCUUCAGUCUACUACUCGCUCUACAUCCUUUUUGGCCACUUCCAGCACCUGUACCUCAGGUAUGAACAGACGCGCUGGUUGUUACAGACGACGCUUCGCUUGACCGCAGCGAACUUCCUACUGAUCAGAUCAACUGGCACACAAAUGCACCAAAUUACUACAGGACACCAGAGAUUUUACAGGAAGCUAUGUGCACCCAGCGGCGGUGG